AUGGCAUUAAAUAAACAUUCCAGAAGUCGUAAAAAGAACGAAUUAUACGAGAUUGGUCCUGGUUUUUGGAACAUUCGUGGUCAUUUUAAAAUGUUCGCUAAAAUGGCUGAUAUCGGAACACAAAUGUCCAUCGUUCAAUUGAGCGACGGAAAUUUCGUUGUUUUUGACACAGUCGAACUCAAUGAUCAUCUUAGAAGACAAAUAGAUCGACUGACAAACAAUGGAGAUUUGAUCGAGGGCGUGGUUGGCCUACAUCCAUUUCAUACUCGAUCAUUUUUGGCAUUUUAUCAAGCAUAUCCACAAGCAGCUUACUAUGGAACGCCGAGACACUUACGUAUACUGCCAGAAAUUCCAUGGUUAGGCAGUCUUGAUGAUUGUAAUGUGAGACAAAAAUGGGAACCAGAUGUAGAAAUGCGCAUUUCAGCGGGUGAAUGA